AUGCAGGUUUUGGAGAAAAAUCUCAGUUCAUAUGCUUUUUUAGAAGAGAUUGCAAGAAGGUGGAAGAGCAAGGGUUGUUCCAUCUUUGCUCACUUUGGCUACUCUUCUGAUUGGACAAAGUCAUUAGACUGGGUCAUGAAUAUGAGUGCCUUAACUGGUGAGACUUCUCCACUUCACUUCCCAUUCCUGUUAACUGCUGAAGGUUGGUUCCAGAUAGUUGGAGUUGAAAAUGGCAUUGUUUGUAUACGCUACUCUUCUAUGGGUAACAAAAGCUACUUGCUCACCUGGAAUCCGAUUUCCCGUUACUCUAAAAUCAUUUCUGACCCUAAUAAACAUUACUGUGAAGGUUGUGCUUUUCUUUACUCUUUUCUGUACUAUCCAAACACGGUUGACUAUGCUCUGCUGCACGUGUACAUGGAAAAUCCAGAUAGCUCCACAUGUGUUUUAACCAUGUACACAAGUUUUAGAAGAAACUGGAAUGUUACAGUUCCAUGCCCAGAGAAUGCACGUAGGUUGAAUCCAGCCUAUGUGUCAGUUAAUGGUGUUGUUUAUUGGGUUAGUGUCAUUACUGACGAAGAGGAUAUUCAGCCUCCUUAUAUAGUUUCUUUCAAUAUUAUCACUUACUCCUUUGAUCAGAUUUCACUUCCAAAUGAAGGACUUCAAGGUUCCCAUACUCUUUUAGUCCGAAGUGGGCACCUAUGUGUUGCUGCUAAUAUUGGUGAUGAUUACUCAUAUAACUCAGUCAUUUGGCAACUUGACCAGAAUAGUUCUAGCUUUAACUGGACUAAACUAUUUUCCUACAGUGGCAUUGGGCCGUCUUACAUACCUGCUACCAUUGUUGAUGAUGAUAUUAUUCAAAUUAAGGAAAGACAUCUAGAAGUUGAAGAUAUACAUGACUUCAGAUUCACUCACUUUCAUAUACGCCGUUAUAGUCCAGUUACUGGCUCAAAGAAGACUCUUCAAUGGGUUAAUUAUGACAAUGUAGUCAAAUUAUGGACACUACACAAAUUCUACCAGGACUAUUCCCGGUGUGAUAUGCAAGUUUGGUUCUUUAAUGAUCGUAUUGUGUUAGAUCAAAAAUUGUCUGCAAACCAGACCAUGAUCACCAUGACUGAAGCUAACAUGGUUGGCUAUAAACUUGGUAUAGUAGAAUUUGAAUCUCAACCAAGUGCUACUAACUAUAAACAGAAUAUUAAUCUGAUCAUACAAGGUUCAGAAGAAGCUCUUUGUAACCAUUCAACUAUUGAAAAUCUGACAAACAAUGACAAAGAGCUUCAAUCGAUCAAUGGACAAAAGCCUUCUGCAGUAAAUCGAACACAAGUAUCGAAUGUCACAUUUGAUCCAUCAUUUGAAUUCAAUAAUGGAAGACCUGGGCUUCAACCAGAUGAUCAUAGAAUGAGUUAUUUAUCAAACCCCAAUCUACAGAACUACAAUAUUGAGAGGCAAAAUGAAUCAUAUGCAGAAGAGAAUCAAGGAGAACCAGACCAGCAGCACGAUAUUCAUAAUGACUCAGAACCAAUCCCACACGGUUAUCUAGACCUUGGAGAUCCGAAUUUCAAAUGCCGACAUUGUGGAGCUGAGUUUUGCUUAUUACCAGAAGAGGGAAGUUCAGCAAAAUUUGCACAACUUUACAUCUAUGAUACACAAAAUGAGAUCAAGAAUCGCAGUUCCAUUCUUAGCUCUGGCAACAAAACCAACCAAUGGAAUUUGGAGAUCAUAUCUGAUGUUAUUGAAAUGCUGGAUCAACAUAACGUUCUUGCAAAAAGUUUUCGCAUGGUAAGAGACGUAAUCAGAACUAAUCCACAAACUAAUGUUCGUUUACGUCUUAUUGGGAAAAGGGGCAAAGAUGGAAGGCGAUAUAAUCUACCAUCUGUUGAUGAGGUUGCAGGUUUAGUUGUUGGAGAUUUUGAUUCAAAUACAAAAGAAAGAGAUAUUAUUGUCGAAACAAAAUCUGCCCAACUUCAACGAAUUUCAGAACUCAACCCAUCAUAUUUAGGAUUACAAUAUCCUUUACUAUUCCCUUAUGGUGAAGACGGCUGGAGAGAAAACAUCCUUUUAAACAAAUUGCCGAAAAAUUCUACACAGGAAAGCUCCUACGUUAGCAUGAGGGAUUUUUUCGCAUUUAGAAUUCAGCAUAGAUCAAGUCGUGAAGGUGUUUUGUUGUAUUCUCGACGACUUUUUCAACAGUUUUUAGUUGAUGCAUUCUCAAUGGUUGAAGCGGUUAGACUUAAAUAUGUAUACUCAAAGCAAAGACAAUUCAGAGCUGAAAUCUAUAAAGGUCUAAAAGAUGCAAUUAUGAACGGUGAAACUGAGGCAUCAUCACUAGGCAAGCGCAUUGUUUUACCUGCAACAUUCACAGGGGGACCACGAUAUAUGAUUCAGAAUUACCAAGAUGCAAUGGCAAUUUGUAGGUCAAUUGGUUAUCCAGAUUUAUUUAUAACAGUAACUUGCAACCCCCAAUGGGAAGAAUUGAAGCAUUAUUGUAAGGAAAAUAAUUUAAAACCUGAAGAUAGACCAGACAUGGUUUGCACAUUAUUCAAGGCAAAGUUGGACAUACUCAUCAAAGAUAUCCAAAAGAAUAGAAUUUUUGGUACAUCAAGGGCAGUUAUAUAUACUAUUGAGUUUCAGAAGCGUGGAUUACCCCAUGCACACAUACUACUAUUGCUUGCACAAGAGCAUAAAUUCCCUGGUCCUGAUGACAUAGACAAUAUUAUCUCAGCAGAAAUUCCAGAUCAGACUCUGGAUCCAGAAUACUAUCAGGCAGUUAAGGCUUUUAUGAUGCAUGGACCCUGUGGAAUUGCAAACAAAAAUUCACCUUGCAUGGAGAACGGUGUUUGCACCCGACAUUUUCCUAAAAAAUUCGUAGAGUUUACCACCAUCGAUCAAAAUGGAUAUCCACUUUAUAGACGUCGAAAUGACGGUCAUACCAUUGAAGUUUCAGGUAUUCAUUUGGAUAAUCGGUAUGUUGUGCCACAUAAUAAGUUCUUAUUAAUGAAGUAUGGUGCCCAUAUCAAUGUUGAAUGGUGCAAUCAAUCAAGAUCGAUAAAGUAUCUUUUUAAGUAUGUUAACAAGGGAAGUGAUCGAGUCACAGCUUCUUUUUAUUCAACUUCAACGCUUCCCAAUUCUAAUUCAAUCAUAGAUGAAGUGAAAAUGUAUUAUGAUUGUCGGUAUAUCUCUCCAUGUGAAUCUGCUUGGAGAAUAUUUGCAUUUGAUAUUCACUAUAGAAGACCUUCAGUUGAACGGUUAAGCUUUCACUUGCCCGAUGAACAACCAGUUAUCUUUGAAGAUCAAGACAAUUUGCAAAGAACUGUUGAUAAAGCAACAAUUAAAGAAUCCAUGUUCAUAGCUUGGUUUCAAGCAAACACAGACUAUGAUGCAGCUAGACAAUUAACUUAUAACAAUUUUCCAACUGAAUUUGUUUGGAAACGCAGCCUGAGAAUAUGGGAGCCAAGGAAAACAAACACUGUUAUUGGUAGACUAUUCUUUAUCCCUCCAUCUGCAGGUGAAUUAUACUAUUUAAGAAUGUUACUCAACAUUGUUAAAGGGCCAAGAAGCUAUGAAGAACUUCGGUCUUUCAAUGGUGUUGUUUAUCCUACAUUCAGAGAUGCAUGUUACGCGCGUGGGUUACUUGAUGAUGAUCAAGAAUACAUUGAUGCUAUUGAAGAAGCCAGUCAUUGGGGUUCUGGAUAUUAUCUGAGAAAGCUGUUUGCAACUCUUUUGUGGUCAAAUUCAAUGACUCGGCCUGAAGUAGUUUGGCAGAGAUGUUGGACUUUACUUUCAGAUGGGAUACUACAUAGUCAUAUAACUAUGUUCAAUUUACCCGAUUUGGUUUUAUCAGACAAUGAAUUAUCAGAACUUACUCUAAUAGAGAUUGAACAAAUACUUAACAGCAAUGGCAAAACACUUCGAGAAUAUGCAACAAUGCCAUUUCCCAACAUGGAUAACAUCCACAGCAUGAGACGUGGCUCUUUGCAAAACAAAUUAAUAUUAGAUGAACUCCGCUAUGAUCGAGUUAUGUUGGCUGAGCAACACAAGAAAUUUUUAUCACAAAUGACAAUAGAACAAAAAUAUGUAUAUGACCAAAUCCUUCAAGCUGUCAAUUCAGAUUGUGGUAAAGUUUUCUUCUUAUAUGGGUACGGAGGUACAGGAAAGACUUUCGUUUGGAAUACUAUCUCAGCUGCUCUUAGAUCAAAGGGUCAAAUUGUCUUAACAGUUGCUUCAAGUGGAAUAGCUUCACUCUUGCUACCUGGAGGAAGAACAGCUCAUUCCAGGUUUGCAAUCCCCCUAACUCCUGAUGAAUAUUCCACCUGUAAUAUAAAACAAGGAAGCCCACUAGCUGAGUUAAUUUUGGCAACCAAACUUAUUAUUUGGGAUGAAGCACCAAUGAUGAAUAAGUUUUUCUUUGAAGCACUAGAUCGAACUAUGAGAGACUUGCUUCAGCACACAAAUCAUUCAAGUUUACGGUUGCCAUUUGGGGGAAAAACAGUCGUCUUUGGUGGUGAUUUUAGGCAAAUCCUCCCAGUGAUAACAAAGGGAUCUAGACAAGAUAUUGUUAAUGCAUCGAUUAAUUCCUCUUAUCUAUGGCAUGAAUGCAAGUUAUUAACUUUAACUCAGAAUAUGAGAUUAAGGGCUUCAAUAGAAGAUGAAAGCGUCAAAGAACGAAAAGAAUUUGCACAGUGGAUCCUUGAUUUAGGAGAUGGAAAGCUUGCUCAUUCAGAAGAUGGAUACAGCAUGGUCUCUAUACCACCUGAACUCUUAAUUACAAAUUUUGAUGACCCAAUUCAUGCAAUCGUUGAAGCUAUAUAUAGUGACUACCUAAACGAUCCCACAGAGUUCAGGAAUUUGCAUGGCCGUGCUAUUUUGGCUCCAACAAUCAACGUUGUUGAACAGGUUAAUGAUUAUAUGCUAGCUUUAAAUGAAAAUGAAAAAAAAAGUUUAUCUCAGCUCUGA